AUGAGCCCCAGCGCGACAACUACAGCUCCCGGCGCAGCCGCGCCAGCAGCGAACGAAGUUAUUCAGAAACAACAAUGGGGAGAACUCGACGCCUCAGCAAUGGUGAAGACUCUCGUCCCCGAGACGGAUCAGCGUCCCGUCCCCGCCGUCGAUGACCCCGUUCGUAUCGGUCAGAACUGCACAGCAGCGCAUAUGGUUCAAGUGCCUUGGUCGAUGGAGACAGGUUGGGGGACAACAGUCAUGAGCCCGUAUGGCAAGAUCGCGCUAGAGCCUACGGCCAGCGUUUUGCACUACGCGACAGAGUCUUUCGAGGGCAUGAAAGCCUACCGCGGCUACGACAACAAACUCCGCCUCUUCCGACCCCAACUUAACUGCGCCCGCAUGGUCAAGUCCAACGCACGCGUCGGUCUCCCCUCCUUCGAUCCCCAGGGUCUCCUCGAUAUCAUCACCGCGUACAUCUCCAUCGAAUGCCGCCGCUGGCUCCCCGACCAGGGUUCAAAUAUCUACCUCCGCCCCGCCAUGAUCGGCAGCGGUUCCGCGCUUGGCAUUAACCAGCCGCCCGAAGCCCUGUUCUUCCUCUUUGCAGUUCUGUUCCCACAGGCAUCGGGUCUGCCGCACCCAGGCAUCAAGCUUCUAGCGAGCAGCCCGGAGCAUAUCCGCGCGUGGCCCGGUGGCUUCGGAUCUGCGAAGGUGGGCGCGAGCUACGGACCGUCGAUGGUGUUGCACGCUGCCGCGAAGGCUAAGGGCUGCUCGCAGACUUUGUGGCUUUUUGGGGAGGACAGGUUGGUCACGGAGGCUGGUGCGAGCAACUUCUUCGUCGUUUGGAAGAAGAAGGAUGGCCAGGGCGUCGAACUUGUGACCAGCUCACUUGACACGGGAGUCAUUCUGGACGGUAUCACGAGAAGGAGUGCGCUGGAGAUUGCGAGAGAGCGCUUGACGCAGGAGGCUUCAGGGAAACACACGAGCUUGGAUCCCUUGGAGGUCGUCGAGAGGCCAUUCAGCAUGGACGAGAUUAUUGAGGCACAUGCCGAGGGAAGACUUGUUGAAGCUUUCGUCACCGGUACCGCGAUGUUCGUUACCCCAGUGUCACUGAUUCACUACAAUGACCGGGAUAUUAACCUCCCGAUGACUGUUACUGAUGAUGGUCAUAAAAUUCCUCAUGCGAAAUACUCGUCGGCUAUCAAGGCUUGGCUGGAGGACAUUAUCUACGGACGGGUUGAUCAUGAUUGGGGAUAUGUCGUUGAGGAACAGUAG